UUCAGUGUGUUAGGGUGACGGUUGGAUGCCCACGCUGCCCAUUUCCAAGUCAAAUAUCAGACUUCAUCCUGUUGGACCUUCAGCUGCAUCCAGAAGUCUUCCUGAUCCACCAUCAUGUCCUUCCAGGAGUUUGAUGUGACCGUUCACACCUCACCUGGUCCCACCUGUGGAACCUUCAACAGGCUGUGGCUCUCUCUGAUUGGCUCGCAGGGUGAGACUCCGCCCACCAGCCUGAGCCCGGACCAUCAUCUCCUGCCUGGAUCGAUGUCUCUGAUCCAGGUCCAGGCUGACGGUCCAGUGGGUCAGCUGGUCCUGGUUCGGCUCCGGCUGGAGGCUCAGACUGGAUUCCCAGACCUGGACUGGCACUGCAGCAGGGUUCAGGUCUGCAGGCGAGCUGGAGGUCAGGAGUCAGCUGAAGAUCCAGAGACUCAGGUGUUUCUUUGUGACCGCUGGCUGAGGACAGGAGACGGAGAUGUGGAGCUGCCGUGUGGAAAGUUGUGUUUGCUGGCCGAUGAAAGUGAGGAGAAACGGAGGCAGCAUCGACUCCGACAGCUGCAGCGUCAGCAGGAACUCAUCAGGUGGCGUCUGUUCGUGGACGGAGCUCCACACUGUGCAGACCUGAACAGUCCAUCUCAGCUCGGGCCCAACCUCAGCUACUCCUUCAAAAGUCCAGCCACCAACAUGCACUACCUGAAAGGCUUCACGGGCCGAGCAGAGUCCUGGACCAGUUUCUCGGAGCUGGAGACGGUUUUUGCCUUCAGUGGACUCCAGAACAGCAUCGCCAAGUUCGUGAAGGCUCAUUGGAAAGAGGACUGGUAUUUUGGCUAUCAGAGUCUGAACGGCUGCAACCCCCUGCUGCUGCGUCAGACCCGCCUCCUCCCUCCUAACCUGGCCGUCACCCCUGACAUGCUCCGCCCCUUCCUGCCUGGAGAUUCCACCCUUGAACUUGAGCUGCAGAAAGGGACCAUUUACUUGUUGGACUAUGAAGUUCUGGAUGGACUCCCAGCAAACAUAAUCAAUGGGAAGGAGGCGUACCUGUCCGCCCCCCUGUGUCUUCUCCACCUGAAUCAGCAGAGUCAGCUGGUCCCCAUUGCCAUCCAGCUGCAGCAGAUGCCCGGUCCUCAGAACCCGGUCUUCCUGCCUUCUGACUCCACUGCUGAUUGGCUGCUGGCUAAGAUUUGGGUUCGCAGUGCAGACUUCCAGUGUCACCAGCUGAUCUCCCAUUACCUGCGGACCCACAUGAUGGCAGAGCUGUGCUGUGUGGCGACACUGAGACAGCUCCCAGAGCUCCACCCACUGCACCAGUUGCUGAUGCCACACGUGAGGACGUCGCUCCAGAUAAACAUGCAGGCCCGAGCAUCACUGCUGGCUGCUGGUGGAGCGUUCGAUCAGGCGGUGAGUUCUGGUCUGAAGACGAUCCAUGUUCUUCUUCCCCGGGCGUCCGCCAGGAUUACCUAUUCCUCCCUGUGCGUCCCCGACGACCUGACGGACCGCAGUGUGGACAAACUGCCACACAGCUUCUACGCUCAGGAUGCACAGAGAAUCUGGGACGCACUGAACGGGUUUGUGGCCAGCUGGGUGGACCUGUAUUACCGUGGAGACGAUGAGGUUCAGAGCGACUCAGAGCUUCAACACUGGAUCACAGACAUCAACACACACAGCUUCACACACAACUCAGGUUUCCCUCAGUCCUUCUCCACCAAAGCAGAAGUUUCCAAGUUUGUCACCAUGUUGAUUUAUUCCAGUUCAGCUCUCCAUGCCGCUGUGAACUUCUCUCAGGUGGAUUUUGCUCUCUGGAUGCCAAACUGUCCAGGUUCCAUGUUACGUCCUCCCCCGGAGGUCAAAGGCUCAGUGACGGAGGACGACAUUGUGUCUUUCCUGCCGGACGUCAACUCCAGCUGCCGCAUAGCGAUGGUGCUGACCAUGCUGGCGCAGCCCACCAUUGACUUUGUUCCUCUGUGUCACUACAAGGAGGCCAUCUUCAGAGUGGACGCCCACCACAGGCUGGUGGAGGAAGUUCAGGCUAAGCUGGAGGCCAUUUCUGAGGAAAUCGCAGAACGAAACCGCAAGCUGGAGCUGCCAUACCCGUACCUCUGCCCCAAAUGCAUCGAGAACAGCGUCGCCAUUUAAGCCAACAUCCAUCCUCACUCAUUUCCCGUUACUGUUGUUAAUCUUUGACUUAUUAAAUUCUCUUUAAGAAACCAGAUGUCUUCAUCAACAGUCGCAUCAGCUCACUUGUUAGAACAACAAUCGUAUUUCUGUGGUGGAAGAAGCAUCUGGAUAUUUAAGUAGAAUUAACAGGCUUUUUAUGUUAGAAAAAUAUUAGCAUUGAAAAACACUUCAGGGGCCAAUUUACUAAACCAGGAAAAGUAAACAGAGGUGGAGUUCAGAGUCCAGGUCUGCUUGCUCUGAUCUAUGAUGCAGCCAAUUUAAACAGGCAGAUCUCACAAAGCGCGACUCAACAGACCCCUACGGUGACAAAAAACUAUGGAUCCAGCUUUCCUUUGCCUGGACGUGGGUCAUCGGGCCAUCCUAUCAGAAGCUAGCUCCAGGGACGUGGAACAUUACCUCUAUGGCGGCGGUUGGAAAACAACGGUUCUUCCUCCUGAGCUCCUUGUUUUUCUUUGGUAACGGUGUUUUUUAGAUUUUAACCGUCGUGGUUUUACGUCUGAGCAGUUUGUAGAGCACUCAGUCAGCCUUGUUGUUCUCCUCUAAUUAAAGAUGGUUUGGUAAAAAGAAUAAGUGUGUGUCUGUGUCUGUGUGAAUAGGAGGGUUUUUCUUCUAAUGCAACACCGCCGAGCAAACAAU